AUGGCUACUAGUUAUCAACAAGGUUCAUGUCGAUAUCCUAAUCUACUUGUUACAGUGAAACCAAACACAGAAGAAAGAUCAGUAACUGAAAUCGAUACUAAACAACGAAUGCAUCAUUCAAAAAAUAAUUAUCAUUCGACAUAUCUCCAUCCAACAACUAUUUAUUAUAAUAGUAAUCAUCAAUAUCAUCAAGCAAAACAACAUUUUCCACGUUCAUCAUCUUCAACGAUUCAACAUCGUUCACAAAAUAAUGAUCGUUUUCAUUAUUAUCAUCAACAACAGCAACAACAACCAAUUCGUCCGUUAAUGGAAAUAAAAGAUAAUCAAUUUUCUUUAAAUGAUAAUACGAUAACAUAUUCGAAUUCAAAACCAAGAGAACCAAAACAACGUGGUCAAUAUCGUAAUAGAAAAGCUGAAUUAGAUUGGGAUCAUGCAUUUGAUCUUGAUCAACUUGAUUUAUAUAUAACACAAAAUGAUACUGACAAUUAUUCACUUACAAGUAUUCAUAGUUCAGGUGAUAAUUCAUUGUCAUCCGUAUAA